GGGAAGUCGUGGCGGCGGCGGCGGUGGCUGCAGGGACAGCAGCGGCGGCGGUGGUAGGGACAGCGGGAGCAGCGGUGCUGUCAGUUAGGCCGUCGGAGAAAUGGGAGACCCAGGGUCGGAGAUAAUAGAAUCUGUCCUUCCAGCUGAGCCUGAGGCACCUGAGUCAACAGCGGAUGAAAAUGAAGAUGAUAUUCAGUUUGUUAGUGAAAGACCAUCGAGACCUGUUCUUGAAUACAUUGAUCUGGUCUGUGGUGGUGAUGAAGAGCCUAGCACCUAUCAUAGUGAUAUUCUGUUUCCUAAAAUGCCAAAACGUCAGGGUGAUUUAUUAAGUUUUUUAAAUGUGAAGAAAGUGAAAACAGACACAGAAAGUAAUGAUAGGAACAAAAAUCAUUGUGGAUCGUCUGGGUCAAAGGAACCAAAUUUCAAAUAUGUUGAACAAUCAAUAAUUGAAGAAAAGCCAUCAUGUUCACCAAAGGAAGAAAUAGAUAAUCUUGUGCUUCCAGAUUGUUGGAAUGAAAAACAAGCAUUUAUGUUUACAGAACAGUACAAAUGGCUUGAAAUAAAAGAAGGUAAAUUAGGAUGUAAGGAUUGUUCGACAGUUCAUCAUUUGGGAUCAAAAGCAGAAAAACAUGUCCAUGUAUCCAAGGAAUGGAUUGCGUAUUUAGUAACCCCGAAUGGUAGUAAUAAAACUACUAGGCAAGCGUCUCUGUGAAAAAAAAUUAGAGAACACGACAUUUCUAAAGCCCAUGGUAAAAUUCAGGAUUUGUUAAAGGAAUCAGUUAAUGGCUCAAUUUCCAACUUAGUGCAUAAACAAAAUAAUAAAAAUAUUGAUGCUACCGUAAAAGUUUUCAAUACAGUUUACAGUUUAGUUAAACAUAAUCGACCUUUAUCUGAUAUUGAGUGGGCAAUAGAAUUACAAGAAAAAAAUGGAGCGGUCAAUUGUUUAAAUACACAAUAUAGUGCAACAAGAAUAGCGGAACAUAUUGCAAAAGAAAUGAAGAUGAAGAUAUUUAAGAAUAUUAUAGAAGAGAAUGCCAAAAUCUGUAUCAUAAUUGAUGAGGCAUCUAUGGUUUCAAAGAAAAGCACCUUAGCGAUUUAUAUCCAGUGCAUGGUUCAGUCAGCCCCUACACCAGUUACGCUAUUUGUUGCUUUAAAAGAAUUGGUGUCAACAACAGCAGAGUGUAUUUUCAGUACACUGUUGGCUGCUUUAAAUGAUUGUGGCUUUAAUAAUGAAUAUCUGAAAGCAAAUUUAAUUGCAUUUUGUUCUGAUGGUGCUAAUACAAUACUGGGUAGAAAGUCUGGAGUAGCUUCAAAGUUGUUAGAGAAUUUUCCUGAAAUCAUCAUUUGGAACUGUUUAAAUCAUCGAUUGCUAUCUGAAAUAAAACAAGUUAAUCAUUUAAAAGUAUUUCUGAAUAAAAUUUAUGCUAUUUAUCACCAGUCUAAUAAAAAUCAAACCAGGCUUUUAGAAACUGUAGCUAAAGAACUUGAAAUAGAAAUUAUUAAAAUUCGUCGGGUAAUGGGACCAAGAUGGGCGGCACGUAGUUUACAAGCAGCUACUGCGGUGUGGCAUGCAUAUCCUCUACUAUAUAUGCAAUUCUCUCGUUCUUACUCUGGUUUGGCAAAGAGAUUAGCUAACAUUAAUUUUUUGCAAGACCUUGCUUUAAUGAUUGACAUUCUUGAAGAAUUUGCAGUACUUUCAACUGCAUUGCGGUCAAGAUCAACAAACAUUCAGAAAGCACAAAAGUUGAUCAAAUGUACUAUAAGAGCUUUGGAAAAUUUAAAGAUUGGCAUUGGAAAGCAUGAAUCUCAAAUCGAAGAUUGAAUAAAGUCAGAUAAGUUUAAAGACAUUCCAUUUAAUAAAAGUAAUAAACUUAAUGCUCUUCCUAGGAAUAUGCUGCUGGAAAAUAUAAUCCAACAUAUGAACUUACGUCUUUUAUCAGACAGAAACCACAAGGAAAGCAUUUUUAACUAUUUUGAUUUAUUAGAACCAUCUACUUGGCCUUAUGAAGAAAUAACUUUACCAUGGGCAGCCGGUGAAAAAAAAUUAUUUCAUUUCUGUGAAAUUAUAAAGUAUAAAAUAGAUUUGAAUGAUUUUCGGGAAUUAGUAAAUAACAAUAUAAAAUCAAAUAAUGUUUCAAUUCCUGCAACUAUACAAAAAGCUAAAAAUAGCACUAUUGCAAUCAAUAGUGCUGAAGCUGAAAGAGGUUUCAAUUUAAUGAACAUAAUUUGUACGAGGGUAAGAAAUAGUUUAACAAUAGGUCAUAUAUCAGAUUUGAUGACAAUAAACUUACUAGGGAAAGCAGAUUGGGAUGCAACUCCAUUUGUAAAAUCUUGGUCAAAUUGCAACCAUAGGUUGGCUACAUAUACAAGAGUUCGGCAAAAAUCAGCAAAAGCGUUUUAUCAGAAUCAAUUUGCUAUAUGGAAGUUACAAUAAAGAUUGUAUUUUUUAAUAAUCGUUUAUAAAUUGUGUGCUACACAUCCUUUAUAUACACACUUUUUCGGGGGUGGAGGGAUGCCAGUUGUUAAACUUUUAUCAGCAUUCUGUUUAAAAGGCAUUCUCUAAAGAGAUAAAGUUGAUGACUUUUUGGGAAUUACGGAAACCCUGGUGGCAUAGUGGUUAAAUGCUAUGGCUGCUAACCAAAGGGUCGGCAGUUCGAAUCCACCAGGCGCCCCUUGGAAACUCUAUGCGGCAGUUCUACCCUGUCCUAUAGGGUCGGUAUGAGUCGGAAUCGACUCAACGGCACUGGGUUUGGUUUGUUUUUGGUUUAAUAGCAUUUUAGAGGUUGACCUAUGUCUGUAAGAGUGAACCAUAGGUAUUCCAAGGAGUCUUGCUCAGAACAUCCAACCAUUUCCUUUUUGCUCUGUUAUACUGCAGUAAGGAUGUGAAAGGCUAACAUAACUCAGAUAAGUUCUAAGCCCUGAAGGUGAUAUCAAAAGAAAUGGAAUAAAAAUUUCAAGGUUUUUGGCUAUUCCCUAUUUCAUUUCCGUAUCUGCACUAUCUAAUAAAGUAGCUACUAGCCAGCCACACAUGGCUGUUAAACACUUGAAAUGAAGCCAGCCAGUAGGGCUAAGAAAGUAAAUUUUAAAUUUUGUUUAAUUUUAAUUAAAAAUUUGAACUGAACCAAUGUAAAAAUAUUUUUACCUAACUGGGCUUUAUUGUCUUGUUAGGACUACAUUUCAUUUUAAUUGUUGCAUUACGUAAGUUGUAAUCAUUUUAUUGUAGUGUAUUGUAGUGUACCUCUCAAACUCGUAUUGUUUUUAGUAUUACAUACAAACACUGGUUGAUUAUGUGUCAACAGAUUAUUCAAUGCAAAUUAUUUAUUCCUAUGAAUUGAUGUAACUUUAAAUAUACAGACAACAGGAAUUACAGUGAUAACUCAGUAAAUCAUAAUUAGUAAUUAAACAAAUACUUUAACUAUAAUUAUUUUUCUAGUUUAGACAUGAAUAUGAACAAAUUUUUAAAUUUAAAAUAAAGGGGUACUGAAAAAGUCAAGUGGAGAUACAGAAGCUAAUAUAAUAUUACAACUAGAACAGUAAAAAAGAUGAAGGUAUGUUGCAGAUUUUGCAAUGAGUGGCAAUUACAGUUAAGGUCAAAAAAGUGAAAUUAGUCACCUGAAAUUAGAAUUAAAUGUCCAAUGAGGAAGAUUUUGUAAUGAAUUUUAAUAUUUUGACCAGGUAUAAAAUGGCUUGGAUUCUUGCACACCAAAACAAAACAAAACAAAACAAAAACUGGUUUUAGUUGGAUAUGGUAAGAUAAAUUAAUAUUUCAGUUAGAGAAACUGUUAGAAUAUUAUGAAUAAGAGCUUAAAAAUGUUUUUUAAAAAAAGUGCAAGGCCUUCAAAUAAAAAAAUACCUAACAAAUGUUGGAGAGGAUGCAGGGAAAUUGGAACUCUUAUGGAAAACGAUAUGGUGCUCCCUUAGAAAGCUGGAAAUAGAAAUACCAUAUGAUCCAGCAAUCCCACUCCUAGGAAUACAUCCUAGAGAAAUAAGAGCCGUCACACAAAUAGACAUAUGCACACCCAUGUUCAUGAAGCAUUGUUCACAAUAGCAAAAAAUGGAAACAACCCAGGUGCCCAUCAACAGAUGAAUGAACAAACUAUGGUACAAACACAUGAUGGAGUACUAUGCAAAGAUAAAGAACAAUGAUGAAUCUGUGAAGCGUCUCACAACAUAGAUGAAUCUGUGAAGCGUCUCACAACAUAGAUGAAUCUGGAGGGCAUCAUGCUGAGUGAAAUAAUCACAGAAGGACAAAUUUUGUGAGACUACUGCUAUAAAAACUCAUGAAAAGCUUUAUACACAUAAAAGAAACAAUCUUUGAUGGUUACGAGGGAGGGGAGAGAUGGGAUUGGGGAUGGAAAAACACUAAAUAGACAGUAGAUAAGUAUAACUUUGGUGAAGGGCAAGACUGCACAAUAUUGGGGAAGCCAGCACAACUUGUACAACACAAGGUCAUGUAAGCUUCAUAGACCAAAUUACUGGGCUGAGGGCUAUGGGGACCAUGGUCUUGGGGAACAUCUAGCUCACUUGGCAUAACAUAAUUUAUAGAGUAAGUGUUCUAUAUUCUACUUUGGUAAGUAGCAUCUGGAUCUUAAAAGCUUGUGAACAGCCAUAUAAUAUACUUCCCUGGUCUCACCCUGCCAUAGAGCAAGAGCAAGUGAAGAAAACUAAAGAUACAAGGGAAAUCCAAACCACUAAUAGACCACAACUACCACAGCCUCUACCAGAUUGAGUCCAAUACAACUAGGUGAUGCCUGGCUACCACCACUGACUGCUCUGACAGGGAUCACGAUAGAGGGUCGUGGACAGAGCUGGAGAAAAAUGUAAAACAAAAUUCUAACCCACAAAAAAAGACCAGGCAUACUGGCCUGACAGGACUGGAGAAAUCCUGAGAGUAUUACCCCCAGAUGCCCUUUUAGUUCAGUAAUUAAGUCACUCCUGAGGUUCACUCUUCAGCCAAAGAUUAGACAGGCCCAUGAAACAAAACGAGUCUAAAGGGACACACCAGCCCAGGGGCAAGGACUAGAAGCCAGGAAGCAGCAAGAAAGCUGGUAGUAGGGAAGCCAAGGUCAAAAAGGGAGAGUGUUGACAUGUCAUGGGGUAGGCAACCAGUGUCACAAAACAAUAUGUGUACUGUGUAAUGAGAAGCUAGUUCUGUAAACCUACAUCUGAAGUACAAAAAAAUAAAUAAAUAAAACUUCAAAAAAAUAAAACCUUCACCCAUCUUGCCCUUUCACCUGUAAAAUAUAUUUGGAGUCUAUGUCUUCCUCACUAUCCCGUCUAUGGUUACCUUAGUUCAGGCCCUCGUUUUUCUUACUUACAGUAGCAUAAUAGCAUUCUGAUAAGUCUCCCUGCCUCCAUUCUUGACCUCCCCAUUGCAUUCUUCUCACUAACUCAGGAAUGACCAUUCUAAAAUACACAUUUUAUUUUUUAUUGUGCUUUAAGUGAAAGUUUACAAAUCAAGUCAGUCUCUCAUACAAAAAUUGAUAUACACCUUGCUAUGUACUCCUAAUUGUUCUCCCCCUAAUGAGACAGCACACUCCUUCCCUCCACUUUCUAUUGUCCAUUCGGCCAGCCCCUGACCCCCUCCGCCUUCCCAUCUCCCCUCCAGACAGGAGAUGCCAAUAUAGUCUCGUGUCUACUUGAUCCAAGAAGCUCAUUCUUCAGUAUCAUUUUCUAUCCCAUUGUCCAGGCCAAUCCCUGUCUGAAGAGUUGGCUUUGGGAAUGGUUCCUGUCUUGGGCUGAUAGGUCUGGGUACCAUGACCUCUGGGGUCCUUCUAGUCCAUUAAGUCUGGUCUUUUUACGAGAAUUUGGGGUCUGCAUCCCACUGCUCUCCUGCUCCCUCAGGGGUUCUCUGUUGUGUUCCCUGUCAGGGCAGUCAUCGGUCGUAGCCUGGCACCAUCUAGUUCUUCUGGUUUCAGGCUGAUGCAGUCUCUGGUUUAUGUGGUCCUUUCUGUCUCUUGGGCUCAUAAUUGUAUCUUUGGUGUUCUUCAUUCUUCUUUGCUCCAGGUAGGUUGAGACCCAUUGAUGCAUCUUAGAUGGCCGCUUGCUAGCAUUUAAGACGCCAGAUGCCACCCUCCAAAGUGGGAUGCAGAAUGUUUUCUUAAUAGAUUUUAUUAUGCCGGUUGACUUAGAUGUCCCCUGAAACCAUGGUCCCCAAACCCCCACCGCUGCUACGCUGACCUUCGAAGUAUUCACCUUGUUCAGGAAACUGCUUUUAGUUUAGUCUGGUUAUAAAAUACACAUUUAUUUUUAUAAUUUUUAUUCAGACUCAACAAAAAAACCAAUUUAAAUCACUUAAAUGGAUUCAUAAUCUUGCGUAACAGGAAAUCUGGAGAUGGCUGCAGGCUUUGCUUGAGCAGCUCAGUGAUAUCAUUGCUGUGCAUUCAAGAUGCUAUUGGUUUUUCCUCAUGGUUGCAGGAUAGGUGGCAUGGUUUUAAUUACUCUUGAGUUCAAGGCAACAAGGAAAGGAGUGGAAGAAGACCUGAGUAUAUAUCAGGAAAUCACAAACUUUGCCAUAUUCUUUUCCAAGUAGAUUUACAUUUCACUGGCCAGAACUGUGUCAACGUGGCCAAUCCUUAGUGUAGUGGAGGCUU